AUGUACUACGUGAACCUUUUUGCGUUUUCUUCCCCUUCAGAGAAAUUCUUCUCGGGUGUGUUCCGGUACAUUGAUGCUUCGUUGGACACUGUGAACUGGGACCUACGCAAAGGCAUGCCCAUUUAUCAAGAGCAGAUGAAGAGGAUGAAAAACGGGUUCUCGUCGGACGAGGAUGAUCGAAACGGCACGAUGACAAGAAUUUUACCACCCAGUCAUCCAUUAUACUGCCCAAAUAACGGCGCACUACCGCUAUUGGAUACGUUGUACGAACAGGUGUUCCGGAGGAAACCCGACGAUGCGUUGAAACGGGACCCUAAACGUCGGAACAUACUUUUCCAUACGUUCUCUCAGUACUUCGUUUUGCAAUUUUUCGGCGAACAUUUUAACUCAACGGUGACAGGCUCUCAAUUGUACGGGUCCGACGAAACCACCCGGAGAGAGUUGAGAUCGUUCGUCGGCGGGAAACUGAGAACCGAAUGUCAUCCGAACAAUGAGCACUACCCGCCGCAGUUUUCGCUCGUCGAAGUGCUCAGCAUGGUGUUUUCCCGAAUGUGGUCGACGUGGUCUAAUGGACCGACUCGUUGGUUCGACAGGGUGGCCGCGGACGCAAGACGACGAGACAGCAACGGGUGGGACGUGUUGAACGUGCACCAUAGACGGGCUAUGGGUCACCCGUUGUUGAGCAUGAACCAGGCGUUGUUCGCAAUGCACACGAUGUGGGUGCGCGAGCACAACCGCGUGUGCGACGAACUAGCCGCACGGUGGCCGGCGUGGACGGACAACCGAUUGUACGACGCGGCCAAGCGAAUAGUCGUCGGUCAGAUGAUGACAAUAAUGAUCAACGAUGUGUUGAACGUGGACGGCAAUAUGUGGCCGCUGAAAUACGAUCCGCAAGUGCACCAAGGUCACGUGCUAGAAGUUGACAACUUUGCCGCGCCGAUGGAGAUGCUGUUAACGAUGAUGAUGCCGUCCGGCUUACCGGAAUGGUUAGGGAAGACGCUUUUCGGUGACAACAGCCAAGUGUUGAAGCGUGGUAUGAGUAAAACAAUAAAGUAUAUGGUUGAGCAACAGAUGGGAAUGAUGAGGAGCAACAAUGACGGUGCCGUGACGGAGCCGUUAACAAAAAUCUUGAUGAAAAUGUCAAGGGAAAACAAUGUGCAGAGUUUCAAUAAUUAUCGAACGUACUUGGGAUUACGUGCUUAUAAAAGCUUUUACGACCUCACCGGCAAUCGAAAAACCGCUGAAAUAUUGGAAUUUCUUUACAAGAACGUCGAUAACGUGGAAAUAUUAACUGGAAUGAUCACGGAAAAAAUUACCGAUGACAUUGUUCCCACGUUUACGGUGAUGAUAAAUAGCUUUAUAGUGAAUUCAAUCGUAACGAAUCCGCUCUACAGCAAAACUAUGUGGAAGCCAGAUACGUUUGAUGGUGAUUUCGGGUUUUCCAUAGUAAAGCAUGCUAGCAUUAGGACAUUCAUCUGCAAUAACUUGCACGAUGAAUGUGAAAAUGACGAGUAUAUGGAUCUUGCAGAAUCUCAUGCAAAUCGCUUCGAUGAACCCCAAUUUUUUGGUUUUGGUGACCUGGGCGUAAAAUCGAGGGACUAG